AUGGAAAGCUUCGACGAUGUGUCCCUAGUUGGCCCCGUGUCCGAGGAUCCCGCUGCGGUCGAUCACCACCCAGACUCGAUUCCUGCGAAAUCCUCGGUUCCGGUCUCCGCAAAUGGCUCGCAGCAGGGCCUGAACGACAACGAUGGGCUAGCCGUGGAUGCCUCGAUCACGCCCGAGUUCCCUCCCUUAUCGUACAACCCACUCUCAAACGACCAGAUCGCCGACGACGAGGGCGAUGGCGAGGAUGAAGAGCCUCGCGUGGCCACCUCCUUCGAGCGCGAGUCCUCGCCAACGUCAGCGCAGAAGCAGCGAUCGGGACUGGACAACAGGGAGGAUGAGGGCAUCAGCCGCAUGCGCAAAUUUACGCUCUACGAGACCGCCACCCGCUUCUACAUGGUCGGCAUUAAUAUGGCGGAAACGCGCUUUCGCAUCCUCAAGAUCGAUCGGACUUCAGACUCGGGCGAGCUGAGCAUUACGGAGGAUGAUAUGGUCUACACCAAGAAGGAGAUGAUGCAGUUGCUGGACACCAUCGACGAUGGGAACAAGAGCUCGGGUGGAUUGGUCCAAAAAUGCAGCGCGUGGGCCCUGCUCGGCUUCAUCCGGUUCACGGGGGCCUAUUACAUGCUCCUCGUCACCAAGCGGAGCCAGGUAGCCAUGCUGGGUGGUCAUAAUGUCUAUCAGAUCGAUGGGACGGAACUCAUCUCUUUAACGGCGUCGGAUUCGUCCCGGGCUAAGACGGAAAAACACCCCGAGGAGGCUCGCUACAUCACAAUCCUGAACUCUCUCGACCUCAGUCGGUCUUUCUACUUCAGCUAUUCCUACAAUAUCACCCGCACGCUGCAGCAGAACAUCUGCCGGGAACGCAAAGCUCAUCAGGAUGGAUUGCCCAAACGCUUGCCGCAAGAUUACAACACCAUGUUUAUCUGGAAUCAUCACCUUCUGAGUCCUGCUGCGGGCAGUCUCAAAAAUCCCUACGAAUGGUGUCUCCCCAUCAUCCAUGGCUAUGUGGACCAGAGCAAGAUGAGCGUGUAUGGACGGACGGUCUACAUUGCCAUCAUCGCACGACGCUCCCGGUUCUUUGCGGGAGCCCGUUUUCUGAAACGCGGUGCGAAUGAUUUGGGCUACGUGGCCAACGACGUCGAGACCGAACAAAUUGUCUCGGAGCAGACGACAACAUCCUUCCAUUCUGCGGGCCCCAUUCUCUACGCCAACCCGCACUACACUUCGUAUGUCCAACAUCGUGGGAGCAUUCCUCUCUAUUGGACUCAGGAGAACACCGGCGUGUCCCCCAAGCCAGAUAUUGAACUCAACCUGGUUGACCCCUUCUACUCUGCGGCGGCCUUGCAUUUUGAUAAUUUGUUUGAAAGAUACGGAGCUCCCAUCUAUGUUUUGAAUCUGGUCAAAUCUCGAGAGCGAACACCGAGAGAAUCGAAGCUGCUCAAGGAGUUUACCAACGCCGUCACUUAUCUGAACCAGUUUCUUCCACCGGACAAGAAGCUCAUCUACAAGGCCUGGGAUAUGAGUCGUGCAGCCAAAAGCCGUGAUCAAGAUGUUAUCGGGACGUUGGAGGGGAUUGCAGGAGACAUCAUGCCGAAAACUGGCUUCUUCAAAAACGGCGGUGAUGCCGAAUUUGGCCUGCGAGUUCAAAAUGGCGUCGCUAGAACGAAUUGCAUUGAUUGUCUCGACCGAACCAAUGCCGCGCAGUUUGUCAUUGGAAAGCGGGCACUUGGUUACCAGCUUCAUGCUCUCGGCGUGAUCGAUGAGACGACGGUGGAGUACGAUACAGAUGCCAUCAAUCUGUUUACAAACAUGUGGCACGACCACGGAGACACCAUCGCCAUCCAAUACGGCGGCUCACAUCUAGUCAACACCAUGGCUACAUACCGCAAAAUCAACCAGUGGAGCAGCCAUUCCCGGGAUAUGGUGGAGAGCUUCAAGCGGUACUACAAUAAUUCGUUCCUUGACGCUCAGCGCCAGGAGGCAUACAACCUGUUUCUGGGCAAUUACAUCUACUCGCAGGGUUCUCCGAUGCUGUGGGAUCUUCCAACUGAUUAUUACCUGCACCAUGCCGACCCCCGAUCCUAUCUGAACAAGAAACGACCCAACUACAUUUCCUGGUAUACGCCCGAGAACUUGAAGGAGAAGGAAAUUCCGCCCCUUCCAUCCCGUCCAAGAGAAUCACUGUCCCAUUUUGAUGACUACUGGCUCGAAUACUAUCGCCCUCUAGCCAUGUCAACCCUUUCCAAGAUCUUCUCCUACAAAAUGAACUCGACUCUCCGCUACAUCCCCCAUCCCCGUCCAGGACUCGGCCCAACCGACCUCAGCCCCUUUGUCCAGCGCAUUCCAGCAGACCAACUUCACCGUGACCGUCCAUCAACGCGAAGCGUCAAGAUCCAAGAGCCAUCCGACAACCGCAAUGCCCUGGCCACACCCCCAAUUCCCGAGCCCCCCUCAGCUGAGAAACACCCCCCAGCAACAGGGAUAAUCAAAGAACCAACAUACCAAGACCCGCCACCGUCUCGCAUCCCGCCCAUCAACGCACCCCCGUCAACACCAAGCAAAGCCCAAAUCGCACAAUGGACACUCGGCCAACUUGUCUCGGACUCCCUAAACCCAUCCGUCACAUCCACCGAAGCAGAAGAAUACGAGCGCUACAUCAACCACCCGCUCAAAGUCCCUCUCGUCGUCACCUCCGAAGAUGAAAUGACCGCCGCCUCUCUGCGCGAGCACAAGCCCAACCUCGAUCUACUCGAGUAUGCCGAUAAGACAAACGUCGAGGAGUCUGCGCUCGAGGCGAACGCUGAGGAGAAUAUGGCUGAUUAUGCGGAGUUCCUUCGUGUCUCGCAGGAUGGAUUGACUGUAGUUGGGGAGGACUAUCAGAAGAAGAGGUAUAAGCGCUACCGGCAGUGGCUGCGGGGGAAGAGCCUCUUCAAGCAGAGGGUUGAUGUUUGA